GACGGCGGCGCGCGGGCGCCUGGGGCGGGACUUCCGGCGCGCUGGAGCGUCUUCCGGCUGUGAGUGUGUGGCCGUCAGGCCUCCCUGACAUGCAGAUUUCCACCCAGAAGACAGAGAAAGAGCCAGUGGUCAUGGAAUGGGCUGGGGUCAAAGACUGGGUGCCUGGGAACUGAGGCAGCCGCCGUUGCAGCCUGGCCAGCCCUCAGGACCCCAAGAUUGGACCCUUCUGUGACAUACCUACCAUGCAGACACUCUUCAACCUCCUCUGGCUUGCUCUGGCCUACAGCCCUGUUCAUACUACGCUGUCAAAGUCAGAUGCCAAAAAAGCUGCCUCAAAGACGCUGCUGGAGAAGAGUCAGUUUUCAGAUAAGCCGGUUCAAGACCGGGGUUUGGUGGUGACGGACCUCAAAGCUGAGAGCGUGGUUCUUGAGCAUCGCAGCUACUGCUCGGCCAAGGCCCGGGACAGACACUUUGCUGGAGAUGUACUGGGCUAUGUCACUCCAUGGAACAGCCAUGGCUACGAUGUCACCAAGGUCUUUGGGAGCAAGUUCACACAGAUCUCACCCGUCUGGCUGCAGCUGAAGAGACGUGGCCGUGAGAUGUUUGAGGUCACGGGCCUCCACGACGUGGACCAAGGGUGGAUGCGAGCCAUCAGGAAGAAUGCCAAGGGCCUGCACAUAGUGCCUCGGCUCCUGUUUGAGGACUGGACUUACGAUGAUUUCCGGAAUGUCUUAGACAGUGAGGAUGAGAUAGAGGAGCUGAGCAAGACCGUGGUCCAGGUGGCAAAGAACCAGCAUUUUGAUGGCUUCGUGGUGGAGGUCUGGAACCAGCUGCUAAGCCAGAAGCGCGUGGGCCUCAUCCACAUGCUCACUCACCUGGCCGAAGCUCUGCACCAGGCCCGGCUGCUGGCCCUCCUGGUCAUCCCACCUGCUAUCACCCCCGGGACCGACCAACUGGGCAUGUUCACGCACAAGGAGUUUGAGCAACUGGCCCCCGUGCUGGAUGGUUUCAGCCUCAUGACCUACGACUACUCCACAGCGCAUCAGCCUGGUCCUAAUGCACCCCUGUCCUGGGUUCGAGCUUGCGUCCAGGUCCUGGACCCCAAGUCCAAGUGGCGAAGCAAAAUCCUCCUGGGGCUCAACUUCUAUGGUAUGGACUACGCCACCUCCAAGGAUGCCCGUGAGCCUGUUGUUGGGGCCAGGUACAUCCAGACACUGAAGGACCACAGGCCCCGGAUGGCGUGGGACAGCCAGGCCUCGGAGCACUUCUUCGAGUACAAGAAGAGCCGCAGUGGGAGGCACGUCGUCUUCUACCCAACCCUGAAGUCCCUGCAGGUGCGGCUGGAGCUGGCCCGGGAGCUGGGCGUUGGGGUCUCCAUCUGGGAGCUGGGCCAGGGCCUGGACUACUUCUAUGACCUGCUCUAGGCGGGCUUUGCGGCCUCCGCGGUGGACGUGUUCUUUUCUAAGCCGUGGAGUGAGUAAGCAGGUGUGAAAUACAGGCCUCCACUCCAUUUGCUGUGACGGGUCUGCUGCCGUCCUCAUUCGGGGGUCCUGGGCACCGUGUGACUCCCCACCCUCUCAUGAGGGGUCCCUGCCCUGAGAUGAGUGCUGGCUGGGGGGCACCCCGAGAGCUCAAGCCCCUCCCACCCGGGCAUCUGCUGGCUACCUCCUGUCGGCUGGGCAGGCAGAACCCACAGUACCUGCCCCACCAGGACAGCCUGGCUCAGGCCUUUCUGGGCCGCUUCUCACAUCCUGGGCCAGAUGUGGGUUUGGAAGCUCUGGAACCAUCCCAGACUCGCCCACUCCCGGACUCGAGGGCCCUGGCAGGGACAGCUCUGCCCAGCAUCACCCCAGGGCCUGGCACUGACAGAGCUGAGAGCUGCACGCCCACGUGUCACCACCCACCUCGCCAGCCACAGCGUAUGUGUGACAUCUGCAGAGAGCCACCCAGAUGUCCCCACCGAGUCCAGCGCGGCAAGGGCGCAGGGGCUGCCCUGGAAAUGGGCACAGAGGAAACUGGCCCUGGACCUUGACUCAGCUCUGCCGCCUCAGGUAGCGUGACCCCCAGGCCAGCCUGGCCACAUCAGGGAGCAUGGUGAGGGGCAACGGCAGGACCCGUGGGCCACAUCGGGAAGGGCAUUUCCAGUGAGGGGUGGGGCAGAGGACACGUGGCUGGCAGUCUGCACCCACCCCGCAAUGCAGCGGUGUCCAGGCUCUGGGGAGGCCCUGGGGAAUUUGGAGGCAUGAGCCAAGGCCUGGCGGCCUUCAUUCCCCUGCCCCUCAUCACCAUCCUGUCCUUGGCUGGCCGUGAGAAUUCCCCUCCUCACCACUGGGACCCACAAGACUGAGGUGGGCAGCGGAGGGCAUAGGUGGGUACACAUCCCAGGCAGGGUCUCCUGGGGGGACAGAAGUGAGUGCAGGGAGUGGAUGGGCCUGGGCGUGACCGAGAAUGCCGUGGGGUGAGGACGGUGAGGCCAGGGUGGGCACUGUGUUCUGGUGCAGUCAGUAACAUCAGGGUGUGGUGGGCAGGGGGGUCAGGACAUCUCCAGCUGGUGGUGAGCAGCACGGUGGGGUCUCCACAGGACAUAAGCUGGGGAGGGGGUCCUGGGUUGGCCCCAAGGCACCCACGCUUGAGAAAGGCCUGGACGUCAGGGAGGCCUGCGAGCCGCCACACUACAGGUGCAGCCCUUCCCAUUGCUUUGCUGCUGCUUGACAUGGGUGUAGGAGAUACAAGUGGUGUGUGCAGUGGCUCAGGCCUGUAAUCCCAGUACUUUGGAAAGCCGUGGUGGGAGGAAUGCUGGACAGCAUGGUGAAACCCCGUCUCCAGCCCCGUAAAAAUACAAAAGUUAGCAAGACGUGGUGGCAUGUGCCUGUACUCGUAGCUACUCAGGAGGCUGAGGUGGGAGGAUCGCUUGAUGAGGUUGAGGCUGCAGUGAGCUGUGAUCAACUACACUCCAAAAACCCUGUCUAAAAAAAACAAAAGCUGCCAGUGGCUUUGGGGCACUGACCUUGUGUCCCCAGAGGCGCUGAUGCUAACAUUUGAGUUGGUUCUCAGGGAUCCUGUGGCUUCCGUCGGAAUGAGGGCAGGGGACACGCAGGUCUGGGAGGGUGGUGUGGGCCUGGAGCUAGGCAUUGCCAGAUCAGCAUUGGGUGCAAGCAGGGGUGGGGAUGCCACAUAGGAUAGGAUGCCUAGAGCGGGCUGUGUCUCCAGGGUGAUGGGCAGAGGGCGAGGCAGGAAUUCGCUGGAAAUUGAGAUUGUGCGGUACAGUUUGGGGAUGAGAUGCCCCAACCUGAACUGACCGUCAUCUCUGUGGCCAGUGUCCCCACACAACCCUCACCCUGGCUGUGAGAAUCCGGUGGCAGGCACCUUGAUGCAUGUUUUUUCUGUGCCCUG